AUUUUAAUUAUGAAAACUCUAUUCCUUUUAAUUUGUUUAUGUACGAUUUUGAUGGCACGAUCCAUUAUAUACAAGGAGGCUUCCUCAUCUCAACUUGAAACAAAAUAGUAUGAAUUUGUUUAAUUAAAUCAGAAAUGAGAUAAGCUAACUAGAGGAUUCCAUCAGGUUAGUUGAUGGAGACAAUAAUAACGACAACGGAGAAGAAAGCGAUCCAGAUAGUGAUUCAGAAAGUGAUUCAGAUAGUGAUCAAGAUAAUGAUUCAGAUGAUGAUAGCAGCGAAGGUGAAGACAGUAAUGAAGGCGAAGAGAGUAAUGGAGGUGAAGAAGAAGACGAAGAUGGUGGAGUGGGUGAUGAAAAUGAAUUCAAAAAUUGUUUAGAAUCAGAAUGUAUGCCAGAAGUUAAUGCAUGCGCUAAUGAUACUACUUGCGUUCCUAUUAUGAAAAAAUGCAAACCUAUUGCAGAUUCAGAUGAUAUUGAAGAAGUAAAUAGUUGUUUCAUUUAAAUAGUAUAUGUCUUGUUUAUCUGAUAGUGAAACAGCCUAUGAUCUAUAUGACUGCAUUAUAGAUAAUUGUGUGGAUUACUUGGAAUAACGAUGAAAAUGAUUUAUUUUAAUAAAAGAUAUAAAUAUUUG